AUACAGAUGUAUAUAUGUGUGGAUGUGUUCCUCAUUUUAUUCUGUCAUUUUUGCACGGUCUUGGCUUGUCUUCUGCACCGGUGUACCUCGCACGCUUGUCUCACAGGACGUUGCCAGCCCGGCGGAUACCGUCUCUCCGUUUGAACAGAACAUUAUAAAUAAGAACGGACUUCACCGGAGCUUCCCUGGCUGUGACACUGAGGCCAAGAUAGCUGGUCAACAUUUAUACGAGGAGAACCAGGACUUGAAGAGGCAGCUAGUGUUCCUGCAGCAGCAGCUGGAUGCGAAGGACAGGACAGUGAAGAGCAUGGAACUGCAACUGGUGAGUUUUAUUCCUACUACGGUUUCCAUCAUCUUCCCCAAGCUUCCUCCAUCCUCCCCAAGCUUCCUCCAUCCUCCCCAAGCUUCCUCCAUCUUCCCCAAGGUGCGCUGUCGCCAGGGUGCGCCGCCACCAGGGUGCGCCGCCACCAGGGUGCGCCGCCACCAGGGUGCGCCGCCACCAGGGUGCGUCGCCACCAGGGUGCGCUGCCGCUAA